AUGGCACCAAUAUCGCCCGGAAAGGCAUCCGGCCCGCCUCGAAGGCCACACAAACCUACAGAGACAACGAAAGCACAUCGUUACGAACCAUUUACAAAACGACUGGCGAAGUUGAAGAUAGACCCAGUCCACAAGGUGCAAAAGUCGAGGCUUAGAGAGAAAAGCGAUGAUAUAUCACAAAGCUACUUUCGUUCGGCCUUGGAGGAGUGGUCAGAGCUGAACUUAACCACGACUUUCACUUCCUUCUUGAACCGUGUCCUUCCACUGUCGGAGAGUCUACCACAGCUACUUCACCAUGCCGACGAAGUCACGUCAGCCCUUCUCGAGCACAUCGAGAAACAAGAUUCACUGGCUCUUGAGCCUCUCUUGAGCCUGGUGGCACAUCUAGCCCACGAUCUGGGUCAAGAGACCGAAAAGUACUUUGCACAAAUUGUCAGCUUAGUGGCCAAGGUCUCUACAACACAGGAUGACCCGGCUAUUGUGGAGGCUUGUUUCACGUGUCUAGCAUGGAUGUACAAAUAUCUGUCCCGCUUGCUAGUUCACGACUUGAGGCCAUUGCUCGAUGUUGUCUUUCCGUAUUUUACGGCGCGAAAAGAACAUGUUCGAAGGUUCACUGCUGAGGCGCUUGCUUUCCUGCUGCGCAAAGCAGCUGUCUUGUAUCCGAAGAAUUCGAAACCACUCACACUGGCACUGACACACAUUCUGAACUAUGCCGCGCAGUUGUCCAGACGUGGCGAGCAAGAAUUGUUCGCCGAGACAGUCAUGAAUCUGCUCUCAGAAACCGCUUUAGGCGUUGAUGCUGCUCUACAUUCAAGCGCCGCCGACUUAUUCCAAUGUUUUCUCGAGCUCACAACACUACUCAAGACAUCAUUCGAUACAGCCCACAAUAUUCUGCAAGGCACGACAAUCAAUCUGGUGCACAGAACGGACGCAGCUGGUUUCAAACCAAUUGCUGACCUCGUUCUUCAGUUCGCUAGUAUCACUGCUGAAGACGACAGCCAAACUCUGCUGAGUUCCCGACUGAUGCUUAUAGUUGCGGCGACACGUGGCGGCUCGAGAAUCAUCAAUUCAAUCACCAGUGGACCUCACCCAGCUCAAUUUUUCGCCUUCUGCGAAACAGUCGCGCGACUGAGCAAGGCGAGGCUCCAAGACUUGCUCCUCUCUUAUCUGCAACAAUACAUUGUCUCCCACUGGAGCACAGAUGAACCUGGCCUCGUGCUCCUACUGAAUGAUCUUCACCAACUCGGAUGUGUACACAGAAAUUCUGGAAAGCCUGGAUAUUUAGCUAUCGCCCGCGAAUGGGAAGCAUGUAUCCGACGAGAAUGGCAGGAAACGACGCAAGUCGUCGACCAUCAGUCUCAAAGGGACUUGUUGGACUUGCUUCUGGCACAAUCAAUACACUUCCCUAUGAGUCGUGAAGUUGAAUUCGAGCUCGAAAACCACCUGCAGCACAAAAUCUCGCUGGCACUUUCUGAUGCUGACAAUUCUUCUGACCUUCAGAGGCAGGUCGUCUUGGGUUGGGGGUUGCAGACUCUCGUUGCGCUCAAGAAAGGACGUCGCUAUUUUGAUGAAGCAUUAUUCAAAGACGCCUUGAACGUCUCGAAGGACACCUUCAGACUCCUGCCAUUCGUUGAGGCUAUGGCAGAGAUUGCCCCUGGUUUUAGCGACACAGGCGUGCUAUCGACACUGCCUGAUGUUGCGCUCCUCAGUCUACAGGAGAAUUUGCUCAGUACUUCAAUUCCGCUUCGUAAAGCCUCCGUCCACCUGCUUUCAAGCUUGCAGCUCACAGGCUCUUCAGAGUGGCUUGUGCCAGCUUGCAGAUUGUUCCUCGAAAUCCUCAAUACGGAGUACACGAUUUCCAAUGCUCGAACGCUGGCCAUGCUUGUGAGAAAACUUCCCCAGACGCAUGCCUGUGCCUCUCAGAACUCGAAAACGACAAUGAUCGUGCCACACUUCGCUCUGGGACUUCUGUCGAAUUUUCACGAUCGACUAAGAAAGGACGUCGCGCUGGCAAUUGGUCAAAUGAUGACUGAACCUGCAUUGGAGGAAGCCAUUGUGGACAUACUGAGACGCUGGUUGCAGCAACCUGCUUCAGGAGGUGUCUCCACUGCGUCCACGACUGGACCCAAGGACAAUUUACCUAGUCGUGUCUCACCUUACUCUUGUACACGUCUAGAAGCUGUCCAAGACACUUUCGAGGAAGCCCGCAAACCGUUUUGUGAUGCGAUGCAAGAGGUUAUAAGUCGUGUCAGAUCUGCACAUGCUCCUCAAUUGACAGAAAGUCCGUAUGAGAGUCGCCAAAUCGCCCUGCAGGUCCUGAUCGAAAUGCCUUUAAUUGCUGAAAAGAAGUCGAAACUGCUUGUUCCAGCCUUUCUUGCUGCUCAAAGAGGGCGUUCCGGGAGUCGGUUCCUAUUCGUUGAUGAUGCGAACUCUGUCAACACUGUAACCCCAGAUAUUGAGGAACAAACUUGGAGCCUAAAAGAAAGAAAGCUCUUCCUAGAACUGCUCAGACAAUUCAAUAACCCCAGGGUUCUGUAUCGGGCCGACGACGUGUAUCAAUGCCUGCUCGACUUGCUUGCGAAUGGUGAUCCGGAAACCCGAAAGCUUUCGCUACAAGCUGUUUUCGGCUGGAAGAGUAAGGCAUUAGUUAUCCAUCAGGAUAACUUACUGAAAAUUGCCGAGGACAAACAGACCACAUCCGAGCUGGCUUUGAUGCUCGACGCUAACGAUGAAUCUAGCAUGAUGAAAGACGAGGACAGAGCAGAAGUCCUCCCUGUAUUGCUACGCCUCGUGUUUGGACAGCUCAUUGGCCGCGUUGGUGUUCAUGGCUCGCAGGAAGCUAAGCGAAAGGCACUUCUACGACUUGUCUUUCGAAUGCAUGAUGAGGAAGUAUUGACUUUUCUCGAUAUUGUCCUGGGUCGGUUGCACGAUAUCUCUGCGUUGUCGUUACAAGAUGAUUCAGGACAUAUCCUUGAUCAAGACUUUCUUCCCCUCGAUCAGCAGUAUGGGUUCCUGCGCAUGGUUCUGUCAAUGGUGGAAGUACUACAAACACGAUUCAGCCCAUUCGUGCUGAAAGUCUUUGGCCCUGUCGCAUACUGUACCCUUCGAGCAAGCAAUCAGAUCAACCUGCUGGAAGACACGGAGACCGCACCAACACUGCUGCGUAACAUUCGACGAACUGGUAUCCAGUGUCUAAAUUCAUUGUUUGAAACUGCUAAAAACCGUGACUUCUCACCUUUUAUGGAAUUCAUCUAUGGCAGCUUGAUCUCCCCUCGGAUAUCUAGAUUCGUCAGUGAGAAUACUGAAGGAGUAUCCGGCCUCUUGAAAAUGUUCGCAAUAUGGGCGCGCUCUAUUCAGACAUUGGAUUACCUGCGCCUUCAUGAUGAUCAGAUUCUUCAUGCUUGCUGGGGCCUGUUGGCUUCCGAGAAUGCAAAGGCUGUGGUGAAGAUCUUCGUCUUUGAAGAAAUCAUUUUGCCUGCGGUAGACCUGGCAAGCCAAGAUGUGGAGAACCAUGAGACAGCCGAGGACAUGCUUGUCGCACAGGCUCCAUUGAUGCUUGCUAGUAUCUCGACUCUUCUCCAGCAGAGUCCUUCGAAGGAGCUCCUAUUAACGACAGCGAAAGCCACGCAACGACUGGUUUUCUAUGUCACGGAAGAUACUGCUAAGGUGAGGACGAUCGAUCUGCUAGUCGAGAUCUUGGGCGAGCCAAAGCAGCGCCUGCCCCCUUUGAUAAAAGGUCAAAUACUCAGAGCAGUAAAAGAAGCUUCUGAGAGGCUCGAGAUAGGGAAAUACUACAAAGGCAAGUUCUUCGAGCUACUCUCCGGAUUCCUCGACUUCUUCCGAGACAAGCCAAACAGAGAGAUAUGUGUUCAGAUUUUGCAGCAUAUAGCACAUGAAGAAACAAUUCUAGCUGCACCCACGGCAGUUUGUCAGCAAUUAGGCACUUCUUCGUCUACUCAGCUUGGCGAAAAGGAUUACGAGCAGCAAGGUGAAGCUUUCGCGAGGAUCCAUGACUUGCUACAACACCCGGAACCUCGUUCUUUGCUACCCGUGCUACACAACUUGAUUUUCCUGCUUCGAACAAGCGAGGAAACUGCCACCCGUGGCAAUGCUCUCAGUUGCCUCAAGCAUUCCGUGACGGCUAUGGCAGAAGUUGCUGUAGACGUUGAUGUUAUCAUCCUGCGGAGGAUUGUACUCGAUGCUAUCCGAAAGCACAUCAAGGACGAUUCUGAACUAGUUCGUGCCGACUUUGUUGAGUUACUUGGAACUGUGGUUGGAAAAUGGAGUACCGAGGAAUCUCUGCAAGACAUGCGAAUCUUACUCGUUGGCAAUGAUGAGGAGGCCUCAUUCUUCACGAACAUUCUACAUAUUCAACAGCAUCGGCGACUGCGGGCUAUGCAUCGACUGAUUACUGCGGUUCAGACGGGUGCAAUUACUGCGCCCAACAUAGCUGGCUACUUUCUACCUCUGCUGCAGAAGUUUGCAGAUGAUGAAGCUACCAAUGAGACAGCGCAAGCCACAAAAGGUCAGAGUAUUGCAUCUAUGACAACGCUCUUGCAGUGGCUCGACUGGAAGACUUUCCGCUCUGUCUUUCGACAUUACCGGCAGUCGUUACAGCACAAGACAGACGAUGCAAAGAUUGAUGUACGUCUCUUGAGCCAUGCUGCCGAUGCACUUACCAUAGCUAUUGAGAGGAGGUCACAAGACAAGCAGAAUGACACUCCAUUCCCACAUCUGGCGAAAACGUUGCUGACAGAAGACACCAUUGCGCAAGAGUUGAAAACCCAUUUCAUACCUCAACUUGCUGAGCUAAGUCAUUACAAGGACGAGGGAGAGCUUAGUCAAAGACUACCUGCCGCAGUAGUGGCCAUCAAACUAAUCAAGCUCCUGCCAGCAAGCGAGGUCUCGCUUCUCGCGAGUCCUGUUAUACUUGAUAUUGCGCAGGUCUUGCGUAGUCGCACGCAAGAGACACGCGAUAUGGCCCGAAACAAGCUUGCUGAAGCGGUCAACAUACUUGGCAUUUCAAGCUUGCAGUUUGUGCUCAAAGAACUUCGAACAGCUUUAACUCAAGGCUACCAAUUACACGUAUUGUCGUACACGAUGCAUACAAUGCUACUCGCCACGAAAGAACAAAGACAGAUUGGCGAUCUUGAUUAUUGUCUGGACGACAUUAUGAAGAUUAUUCUGGACGAUGUUUUCGGUAUUGUUGGUCAACAAAAGGAGAAUCAAGAUUACAUAAGCAGCAUGAAAGAGGUCAAGGCGAACAGGAGCUUCGAUGCCAUUGAAAUAGUGGCGAGUGGUACAACAGUCCAGCACCUUUCCAAACUUGUGCUACCCUUCGAGCCGCUUCUUACUGGAUUUCUGACUUCAAAGCAGGUCAGACAUGUUGAUGAGCUUCUUCGCAGGAUUGGUGUCGGCAUAUCUCACAGCCCAGCUGCAAGCAGCCAAGACUUGCUUAUCUUUGCUUAUGAGUUGAUCCAGUCUUUCUACAAAGCCAAGCCCGCAGCACCUGCAAGGGUAUUGACUAAUGACGAAAAGAACAGAGAUCGGUACAUUGUGCAGAAGGACAACGUAAGGAAGGUUGGCACAGUAUCAACGGCAUCACUUCUCUUCAAAAUUGCAAAAUUCGCCAUCGAUAUUGCGAGGUCAACUUUUGCGCGACACCAAGAGCUGAUGACGUCUGAAAACGUUCAUGGCUUUAUACCUGUCAUUGGUGAUGCUCUUGUUGAGGGACAAGAGGAUGUGAAGAUUUCAGCCAUGCGCCUCUUAUCGACUGUGGUCAAGCUGAAGCUGUCUGAACUAGACAUUAAUGCUAAGCUAUAUGUUAUCGAAGCAGUUAAGCUGGUGAAAGGAGCAAUCAGCACGAACGAGGAAGCGGCGCAAGCUGCACUGAAAGUUGUGGCGGCUAUAAUCAGAGAGAAGCGUGACGUCGAAGUGCGCGAUUCUGAUAUUGCGUACUUACUCAAGCGUACAAUGCCUGACCUCGAAGAGCCAGAUCGACAAGGUGUUACCUUCAAUUUCAUCAAGGCUGUCAUGACUCGACAAAUGCAGAUGCCUGAGGUUUAUGAACUGGUCGACAAGCUCGGCCUAAUGAUGGUGACCAGCCAAAGUCGGAACUCAAGAGAAGCUGCUCGAGGAGUGUACGUGCACUUCAUCCUAGACUAUCCUCAAGGCAAAGCCAGAUGGUCGAAACAGGUCAAAUUCUUGGUCAAGAAUCUCGAGUACCAAUAUCCCGAAGGCAGACAGAGUGUCAUGGAAGCAAUAAGUAUACUACUGUCGAAAGUUGAUAGGGGCGCCGCUAAAGAGCUGGCCUCGGUAGUUUUCGUUCCCACUGUCCUUCGUAUGGCCAACGACGAGAACGAGCGGUGCCGGGAGAUGGCUGCGGCGUUGCUAGCAUUGUCGUUCCGGACAACUCCCAAGGAUAGCUUAUCAACUAUGUUGGAACCUUUAAGAGCAUGGCUUGAACAGGAGGAUAACUUGCUAUUACGAAAGAUCAGUUUGCAGACAUGGUCUGUAUAUCUGGAGUCAGUCAGCAAUCAAUCACAUAGCGAGAUCACCUCCAUCAAGGAGCAGUGUCUGUCGAUCUUGAGAAAUCCCUACGACAGCGAUGUCGCGUGGGAGGUCAAGUACCACACGCUCGAGCUCUUGCGACUGAUGGUCAAACAAUCUCCUCAGAACAUGUUAACCAAGCAAGAGGAUUUACUUUGGGACCACAUUGUUUCCAGCCUCCACGAACCUCACACCUGGCUACAAUACUCUGCCUCGUCACUUAUAGCGCUGUUUUUCCGAGAGUGCAUCGAAGCAUCCAGUACAUCUGUGCCGCUCCUAUGCUCUUGGGGACUCACUAUGAACGAGACCAGAAUUGUAGAAAUCUUGCGUUUCUCGCUCAAGAUUCUGAAGCAUCACUCCACAGGUGUCGAUCUCGCCGAGAUUGUUAUGCAGAACCUGCUCUUCCUAGGGCGUGUCGUCGAUAGAAGCAACACUCAAAUAGCACUCAAGAGUCUCCCCGAUCGAGAUGAAGAUGCGGACGAGGACGUUGUCGAUGGCGUAUGUGAUGAAGACAUAGUCGCGGAGCUUGAGCUCCAUGGACACCAACCCGUCGACGACAACAAGCAAUCGCAUAUUGCGGCAACAAAAUAUAUCCUUGAUCAGAGUGCGCGCACUCUUCGGCGCGAGCCAGCCAAACAGACAACAGCAGUACUUCAGCCUAAACUCUCUUUCACAAGUCUGCUUACCCACAUGGUCCCGCUCCUGUCAGAAACCACUCUAUUGAACAACAGCACUGCGAUAACACAAGUCAUAAUUCCAUUACUACAUCUCACAUCUCCGAGUACACCAACUCCACGCUCCUCGGAUCCCUUGUUCGCCGCGUCAUACACGACUUUUGUUGAACGCGCGACAAUAACACUUGAGACCAUACAAUCGGUACUUGGCGAUCAAGCCUAUAUGAAAUGUGUGAUGGCGGCAACGAAAAUGGCGAGAGAGAAGCGGCAAGAGCGACGACAAAAGCGUGCGAUUGAAAUUGUUGCAGAGCCGGAACGUGCUGCACAGGAGAAGAGACGACGACACGAAAAGGAAAAGAGGCGGAAGAAAGAGGUCAAGGGAGUGUACAGGUCGAAUAGGCGUAGGGACUUGGGGUUUUAA